AACGCCGCACAGCGCGCCUGGCGUUGCGUCAUGCACGUGUCUGACAAGCAAGAAGGCGCAGGAAUCGACCAUGAAGCACCUUGUUGCCCUUGGACUCUUAAUCUAUAUACGAAACCGGCUUUUCGUACAGGGUGCUGUAGUAGGAUCAUGCAAAUCAUCACAGUUCUUGUGCUCCAGUGGUCAAUGUGUCCCUCGUAUAUGGGUGUGUGACGGAGAUGAAGAUUGCAAAGAUGGCAGUGAUGAAGCCAACUGCUGGGAAAACCCUUGCGCAGGUUUUCUGUGUAAGGAUGGCGGCUGCAUUGGUAACCGCUCUGUUUGUGAUGGGAACGCUGACUGUCAGGAUGGGUCAGACGAGCUACAGGAGAACUGUGGUCAAACUGAAUGCAGACAGGAUGAGUUCACCUGCAAGAGCAGACACUGUGUGUCACUCGAUUCCCGCUGUGAUGGCAGAGACGACUGUGGCGACAGGAGUGACGAGGAAUCGUGCCAGAGCUGUAUGGAUGGCUCCUUCCUCUGCCCCGGGUCGGGAAGCUGUUUGUCCAGGGCCCAGGUGUGUGAUGGCAGUCCUGACUGCCCCGAUGGUGCCGACGAACUCCAUGGCUUGUGCCAGCAGUCCGAGCAAACCAACCACAGCUGCCCUGAGUUCAGGUGCUCAGACGGGCAGUGUAUUCCCCAUUCCUGGAGAUGUGAUUAUGCCCAGGACUGCAUGGAUGGGAGUGAUGAGCAGGACUGUGAUCAAAAUGAGUGCUUGGAUAACAAUGGCGGAUGCUCUCAUCUGUGCAUAGACCAGCCAUUGGGCUUUGUGUGUGACUGUCCCGGUGGCAUGAGGCUGCUGCGGGACACCCAGUGUGAGGAAAUUGACGAGUGUCUGGACACUGACUUGUGUGGUCAGUUGUGCUUCCAUGAAAACGGGACCUUCACCUGUGACUGUCAUUCAGGUUACUUGAAAGGUCCCAAGGCUGGGGAGUGCAGAGCUGGUGGUGAAAAGGCCCUGUUGGCCUUCAGCAGUGCAGAUGGGGUGUGGCGGAUGGAUGCUGCUGGGUUGGAAUACCAGAAGGUGGCGGGGGGUGAUCUAGGGUUGGCCCCCCUUGCCGUUUUCGCCGCAAACCGCAGUCUAUACUGGGCAGAUUCCAAGAGAGCUUGCAUUUACACGAUUUCACUGGAUGAAUCGUCAGGAAAGCCGCACCUAGUGCUUUCUGGCCUUGGGGGGGUCAUGGGGCUGGCUGUCGACUGGUUGCAUGCUCUUCUUUAUUGGACUGAUGCGCACGUGGGUUCGGUCAAUGUGGCCCCACUAAAUGGGCACCAACGAAGGCUUCUGAUUGGUGGACUCCUGACCCCAACAGGGAUUGCUGUGGAGCCUUUGUUGGGUCUCCUGUUCUGGGCAGAAACUGGAAGCUUUGCCAGGAUUGAACGGGCUGGUAUGGAUGGAGAGGACAGACUGGUGCUUGUUAGCUCAGGGCUGCACAACCCUACUGCAAUCUCUCUGGACACUCCUCGCCAUCUGCUGUACUGGGCAGACUCUACGCUGCGCACCAUCUCGCGUGUUGGAUUUGAUGGGAAACAUCGCAAGACCGUAGUGGAAUCAAACGGGCACCUGGACAGGCCUUUUGCGCUUGCAGUAUUUGAGGGGAAGGUGUUCUGGGGUGAUCAGGAAACCCAGACACUGUGCAGCGUAGACAAACACAAUGGCAGCUCCUUCAAAGUCCUUUUGUCUGACAUCCACUCCCUGGGGGGGCUGGUCGUGGUUCAUGCAGUUCUUCAGCCAGAGGCUGUGUCAGGUGCUGGCAUUUGCGGCCAUCCUGGGCAGGUCUGCCCCUUUCAGUGCGUGCCCAGACUCUUUGACACCAAACCCCCCCAUUUCAUCUGCUUGGUACCUGGAGACAAUGUUACUCAAGGCCACGAGAAGGCUGCCGUUCUGUAUGACGCCUCCUUUGCGGAGAUUCUUUCUUUAAUUGUAUUGCUGAGUGUCCUCCUGGCUGUCUUGGUGCUCUGGUGGUGGCACGGAGAGUUCGGCUGCCCCAGGAGUUGCUUUCUGCACCCCGCCAUCUCACUGAAAGAAUCCCAGGAUCCUCUUGUGCCAGUUCUGGUCCCUGAUGCGUAUUCCUUCAAGGAUGCCCAGCUAAAGGUGGAAGAACGGUGUCAUAUGUCCAUUUGAUUCAGCUGCCGUCUGAUGUUCCUCCUAUCGUCCGUCUCCUCCGAUCCCUCAUCCAUUGUGUUGUCCUGAGGCCGGUGAAAGCGUUAUGUAUAAGCACUUGCAACAUAAUGGUUGUGUUUAAAUUUUUAUUGUGCUACUGUAAGGAUACACGCCGACAAUUGACUGACUGUGGUUUGUGGUUGAGCCACAUGUGCAUCUCCGUUUGGCAGCCAAGGGCAACAUGAGCAUGUGCAACCUAGGAAAGGCCACAAGGGGGCAGUAAGAGGUCAGUUUAGGGGAACACAGAUAUCCGGAUUCCUGUCAUUUGACAUUUUGUAGCUGUAGAAUGCUAUGGUUGACUCUGGUCCUUCAGUCGGAAUCUUGUGUUAAGAGAAGUUCACACAAGGUUCAGGCACUCCUAACCUAGACAAAGUUUGGGGUAUUUAUUUAAAUUUUUUUUUGUGAAUGUAAGGAAUAAUGAAUAACUCUGUUUAUUCUGUAUAUGUACUCCAGUUGAUGAGCAAUAAGUUUGUUUCUCCCCCCAAUUUUAGUUGCUCAAUGUUAUGACAGUGUUUUUUUUUAAUUUUUUUUUUUAAAAGUUUCUUUAAAUGACUGCAUGCUUUCAGCAGCUAAGAAUCCUGCACAAUUGAGGUAGUGCAGCGAUCCUGAUGAAUGGUUAAAUUUCUUAAAAAAAAUUUUUGUCUGUUCAAUAAAUGUUCUUAAUUGGAUAAAAUCUUUAUUCCAGUGUAAUAUUACGGGUACCUCCUGUAUCAUAUGACACUUCAAGCAGGUGGCCAGUGUUGGAGUACGCCGUCUCCACUGGGUCCGUAGAUGAGAGGAGAUCACCCGGAGGCGUGGAUGAGUUGUCCAAUAACCUUUAUUCCAACAGAUCGAUCUGGGAACUCUGCGACGCACCGUAACCUCCAGAGUUCAACUUCCUUGUUGUUCAUGUUUGUCUUAUACCCCUUCUACAAGCAGCCCCCGCCUCUGUCCAUACUUUUCCACUUUCUGGCAAUUUCUGGUGCAACACGUUGUCCUGUAUAUUAUCCAGAGCCUGCAGAUCUCGCUCUCCACACCAGAAACUGGCUUAAAGCUGCAGUGCGUCCAUUUGCUCCACCUCUCAGUAUUUUCGCUGAAGUAAUAA